AUGGCUGACCAAGCGCGAGGUCGUCCUUCUCGUGACCUUAGUCACGAGUCGAUUGAUGACGCUGAGAAAGGCAUGCACGUUAGCACAACAGAACUGACAGCACCGCCGCCGUUCGCAUAUCUCGGCCAAGAAAAAGCUCUCCGGCUCAACGCACAUCCCUCACCGCUUUCGCCAGUACACGAGGGAAUAACACCAAACCCCAGCACACCAGAUCUUUCGCUAUCAUGGCCAGCAGCGAGCCCAGCAGUGCGGCGAGGAUCAAUCAAUGCUACAGCACUGAAGACGACAGUUCCCGCCAAGCCCACACCAAUCAAGAAGAAGAUACCUCGAUGGGUCCUGAUCGACUUGUGGUUCAACACGUACCGAAAGUUCUUCACUUUCAUCAUCCUGCUCAACCUUGCUGGUAUCAUCAUGACUGCGCUCGGCCGCUUUCAUUACGCAGAGAACCACCUGGGGGCCCUGGUCUUGGGCAACCUUCUCUCCGCAGUUCUGUUCCGUAAUGAGCUUUGGAUGCGCUUUCUCUACAUGGUCGCCAUCUACGGCUGGGCGCCGUUGCGCGUCAAAUACGCAGCAACUUCUGUCCUGCAGCACGUCGGCGGUAUACACUCGGGAUGCGCCCUUUCCGGCGCUGCGUGGUUAGUGUACAAGAUCGUGGACAUUAUACGCUACCGGGCGAUUCAACAUCCGGCGGUCAUCGCUAGCGGCAUCAUCACCAACGUCUUUAUCAUUAUUUCGGUGUUGAGCGCGUUCCCAUGGAUCCGCAAUACCUACCACAAUGUGUUCGAAAAGCAUCACCGCUUUGUUGGGUGGCUGGGCCUCGCUGGCACGACUAACAUCCACAAGAUGACCUGGGUAUUCGUUGUCAUGGGCGAUGUAUACGACAUCAAGCGAGGCGAAUGGCACACCAAUGCGCACUCCCUACUCAGCGCCCAAGAACUCUGGUUCGCAGUUGUCCUAAUUCCUUGGGUAACCCUCCGCGAAGUCUCCGUCGAAGUAGAGAUCCCCUCACCCAAAGUCGCCGUCCUCCGCUUCGAGCGCGGCAUGCAACAAGGUCUCCUCGGCCGCAUCAGCCGCACAUCAAUCAUGGAGUACCACGCUUUCGGCAUCAUCAGCCCCGGUCGCAAGUCCACGCACCACUACAUGAUCUGCGGCGUACAGGGCGACUUCACCAAGAACCUCGUCACGAACCCACCCAAGACUGUAUGGACACGUGAGCUGAAGUUCGCUGGUGUGGGCCACGCCUCCGCCAUGUUCACCCGCGGCAUCCGCAUCUGCACCGGCACCGGCAUCGGCGCCGCACUCUCCACCUGCAUCCAAUCGCCCAACUGGUUCCUCAUCUGGAUCGGAUCCGACCAAGAACGCACCUUCGGGCCCACCAUCACCGGCAUGAUUAAAAAGCACAUCGAGCCCGAGCGCAUGAUCCUCUGGGACUCGAAGAAACGCGGCGGUCGCCCGGAUACAAUGGAGUUGCUGCGCGACACGUGGACAAGAUUCGGCGCGGAGGUUAUUUUCAUCACGAGUAACAGUCAGGGGAAUGAUGAGAUGAUGCAGGGGUGUAGGGCGGAGGGACUGCAUGCUUUUGGGACGCUGUGGGAUUUCUAG